UUUUUAAAGUCUUAAAUACCAAGCAAAGGCAAAUCCCCUGCACCUGUAGCCUUCUUGAGUAGUAGGGUUUGGUCUUUUUCAAGUUGAGCUGCAAAAGGUAAAACAAAUGGCGCAAUCCCUAGAAUUAUUGUUGAUUCAGUUUCUAAUGCCAGACAACGACGCUCGACGGCAAGCGGAGGAGCAGAUAAAGAGGCUAGCUAAGGAUCCUCAGGUGGUUCCUGCUUUAAUUCAACAUCUCCGCACCGCCAAGACUCCCAACGUCCGCCAGCUGGCUGCUGUCCUCCUACGCAAGAAGAUCACUGGACACUGGGCCAAGCUUUCUCCUCAGCUCAAGCACCUCGUCAAGCAAUCUCUCAUUGAGAGCAUCACCAUUGAGCACAGUCCACCUGUGAGGCGUGCUAGUGCAAAUGUUGUGAGUAUAAUUGCCAAAUAUGCGGUGCCAGUAGGUGAGUGGCCUGAGUUGUUGCCCUUCUUAUUCCACUGUAGUCAGAGUGUACAGGAAGACCAUAGAGAAGUGGCAUUGAUCCUUUUUAGCUCUUUAACUGAAACAAUUGGAAGUGCAUUUCAACCACAUUUUGCUGAUUUGCAAGCUCUAUUACUCAAGUGCCUACAGGAUGAGACAAGCAACCGUGUUAGAAUUGCUGCUCUGAAGGCAGUGGGAUCAUUUCUAGAAUUCACAAAUGAUGGGGCUGAUGUGGUGAGGUUUCGGGAGUUCAUUCCUAGUAUUUUAAAUGUGUCAAGACAAUGUCUGGCCUCUGGUGAAGAAGAUGUUGCAGUAAUUGCUUUUGAAAUUUUUGACGAGCUGAUUGAAUCUCCUGCACCUCUUCUUGGGGAUUCUGUCAAAUCCAUUGUGCAAUUCUCUCUUGAAGUUAGUUCAAGCCAAAAUCUGGAAUCCAACACACGUCAUCAGGCUAUUCAGAUAAUUUCCUGGUUGGCUAAGUACAAAUCCAACUCUUUAAAAAAGCAUAAGCUGGUUGUCCCUAUUCUGCAAGUCAUGUGCCCAUUGUUUGCUGAAUCAAACGAUGCAGAUGAAGAUGAUGACCUUGCUCCAGAUCGAGCUGCUGCAGAAGUUAUUGACACUAUGGCAUUGAGCCUCUCAAAGCAUGUGUUCCCCCCUGUUUUUGAAUUUGCUUCUUUAAGCAGUCAAAAUGCAAAUCCAAAGUAUCGAGAAGCUUCUGUUACAGCUUUAGGUGUCAUUUCAGAGGGUUGUGUGGAGUGGAUGAAAGAUAAGAUGGAACCUAUUCUUCAAAUUGUCUUGGGGGCUCUGAGGGAUCCAGAGCAGAUGGUUAGAGGAGCUGCCUCAUUUGCAUUGGGCCAAUUUGCUGAGCAUUUGCAGCCUGAAAUCAUAUCUCACUAUGAAAGUGUUCUUCCCUGCAUUUUGAAUGCCCUAGAGGAUACAUCUGACGAAGUAAAGGAAAAGUCAUACUAUGCUUUGGCAGCAUUUUGUGAGAACAUGGGUGAAGAGAUUCUUCCUUUUCUUGAUCCUUUGAUGGGGAAGCUACUGGCAGCCCUCCAAAAUAGUCCCCGCAAUUUGCAGGAGACUUGCAUGUCUGCAAUUGGUUCAGUGGCAGCUGCUGCAGAGCAUGCUUUCAUUCCAUAUGCUGAAAGGGUUCUCGAGUUACUGAAAACUUUCAUGGUGCUUACCAAUGAUGAGGACCUGCGUUCACGAGCAAGGGCUACAGAGCUCCUUGGUAUAGUUGCAAUGUCUGUUGGAAGAGCAAGAAUGGAACCGAUUUUGCCACCUUACAUUGAAGCUGCAAUCUCUGGUUUUGGACUGGGAUUCAGUGAACUUCGGGAGUAUACUCAUGGAUUUUUUAGCAAUGUAGCAGAAAUACUGGAUGAUGGGUUUAAGCAGUAUCUUCCUCAUGUUGUUCCCCUGGCAUUUUCUUCCUGUAAUCUUGAUGAUGGUUCUGCCGUGGACAUCGAUGACUCUGAUGAUGAAAAUAUUAAUGGAUUUGGUGGAGUUUCAUCUGAUGAUGAAGCUCAUUAUGAGCCAAGAGUUCGGAAUAUCAGUAUUAGAACGGGAGUGUUGGAUGAGAAGGCAGCUGCAACUCAAGCACUUGGUUUAUUUGCACUGCAUACAAAGAAUUCUUAUGCACCCUAUUUGGAGGAGUCAUUAAAGAUUUUGGUGAGACAUUCAGGCUAUUUUCACGAAGAUGUUAGGCUUCAGGCUGUCAUUUCCUUGAAGCAUAUCUUGACAGCAGCACAUGCUAUCUUCCAGAGUCAUAAUGAAGGACCAGUGAAGGCAAGAGCAGUUCUUGAUACUGUGAUGAAUAUAUUUAUCAAGACUAUGACCGAAGAUGACGACAAAGAAGUUGUUGCUCAAGCCUGUAUGAGCAUUGUAGAAAUCAUCAAGGAUUAUGGUUACAUUGCUAUUGAGCCUUAUAUGUCUUUGUUGGUUGAUGCAACUUUGCGGCUUCUGCGGGAGGAAUCUGCUUGUCAGCAAUCGGAUAAUGAUAGUGAUAUUGAUGAGGAUGAUACUGAACAUGAUGAAGUGCUUAUGGAUGCAGUGUCUGACCUUCUUCCUGCAUUUGCAAAGUCAAUGGGUCCUCACUUUGCACCCAUCUUUGCAAAGCUAUUUGACCCUUUAAUGAAAUUCGCGAAAUCUUCGCGUCCUCCACAAGAUCAGACCAUGGUGGUUGCUUGCCUUGCUGAAGUUGCUCAGGACAUGGGUGCUCCAAUUGCAGGCUAUGUUGAUAGAGUGAUGCCUUUGGUACUCAAAGAACUAGCGUCAUCAGAAGCAACUAACAGGAGGAAUGCAGCAUUUUGUGUUGGGGAGUUGUGCAAAAAUGGGGGCGAGUUAAGUUUGAAAUACUAUGGUGACAUUUUGCGGGGACUUUACCCAUUAUUUGGGGAUUGUGAGCCAGAUGAUGCUGUUAGGGAUAAUGCAGCUGGUGCUGUGGCAAGGAUGAUAAUGGUGCAUCCUCAGUCCGUCCCACUGAAUCAGGUCCUUCCUGUUUUCCUGAAGGUUCUUCCUCUAAAGGAAGACCAUGAGGAAUCAAUGGCUGUUUAUAGUUGUGUUUCCACUCUGGUUUUGUCAUCAAAUCCCCAGAUCCUUUCACUUGUUCCGGAGUUGGUUAAUAUUUUUGCCCAAGUAGUGGUUUCCUCAGACGAAACUUGUGAAGUAAAGGCUGUAGUCGGAAGGGCUUUUUCUCAUCUGAUUUCUGUGUAUGGCCAACAAAUUCAACCAUUGCUGAGUAACCUCUCACCUGCACAUGCUAAUGCCCUAGCUGCAUUUGCCCCCAAAAGCUGACGUGUUAUUGAAUGAACUUGUCUUCCCCAAUUUUCUGCGGUGUGUGUGUGUGUCAAAGGAACGGGUGAAAUCAUACAGCAGAUGGAUAUCCUACCUACCAGGUUUUUCGGCCCAUCACCAGCUUUCUUGUGUGGAUUAUAGGUUUCAAUUUGUUCUCAUCAUUUAUUUGUUUAUUUACUU